UGGGGCUUCUGGCCUUCCCUGGCACAGGUACUGGCACAAGGCUGGGUUGAGGGUCCCUGCCCCACAGCAUUCCUGUCACCGCCACUGCAUCCCAAUGGGUUCUAGUAGGUCCCAGUAGGCUCUGAUGGGUUCCCCUAGGUCCCAGUAGGCCCUGGUGUAUGCACAUGAUCCCAAUGCAUCCCAAAGUACACAGCAGUCCCAGAUACUGAGGGUCCCAGUAAAUCCCAGUAGAUCCCAGCAGUUUCCAAUAGAUCCCAGCAGGUCCCAGUGGGUCCCUGAGCAUGCAGGGGUCUUAGCAGGUCCCGUUGAGUCCCAGUAGAUCCCAGUGGGUCUCAGAAUGUCUCAGAGCACUCAGUGGUCCAAGUAGAUCCCAGCAAGUCCCAGUGAGUUCCAGUGGCUCUCAAUGGGUUUCAGAACAUCUCAGUAGGUCCCAGCAAGUCCCACCCGCUACUGGUAGAUCCCAAUGGGUCCCAGUGCACAUAGUGGUGUCAGCGGCUCCCAGCGGUUCCCUGUGGGUCCCAAUAAAUCUUGGUGGGUCCCAGAGCAUGGGAGGGUACCAGCCAUUCCCAGUAGGUCCCAGGCAGUCUCCACAGAUCACAGAGCAUGUGGGGGUCCCAGGAGGUUCCAGUAAGUCCCGAGGGGUCCCAGAGCACACACUGGUCCCAGCAGAUACCAGUGGGUCCCAGAGCAUGUAGGAUUCCCAGCGGAUCCCAGUAGAUCCCAGCUGAUCUUAAUAGAUCCCAGAGUAUGUGGGGGUCCCAGGAAUUCCCAGAGGGUCCCAUCAGUUCCCAGUGCAUCCCAGUUGAUCCUAGAGUAUGCAGGAUUCCAGCAAGUCCCAAUGGGUCCCAGAGCACAGAGUGGGUCCCAGCAGGUCCCAGGGUCCCAGAGCAUGCAGAGUUGCCUGUAGGACCCAACAGUUCCUAGUAGGUCCCAGUCGGUCAGCUUAAAGUAUCUCAGAGCACAUGGGGAUCCCAGAAAUUCCCAGUGGGUCCCAACAGUUCCCAGUGGGUUCCAGUAGGUCCCAGAGCAUGUGGGGGUCCCAGAAAUUCCUAGAGGAUCCCAACAGUUCCCAGUGGGUUCCAGUAGGUCCCAGAGCAUGUGGGGGUCCCAGAAAUUCCUAGAGGGUCCCAACAGUUCCCAGUGGGUUCCAGUAGGUCCCAGAGCGUGUGGGGGUCCCAGAAAUUCCUAGAGGGUCCCAACAGUUCCCAGUGGGUUCCAGUAGGUCCCAGAGCGUGUGGGGGUCCCAGAAAUUCCCGUAGGGUCCCGACAGUUCGAGUGGGAACCCAGAGGGAAUCCCAGAGCACGCAGGUGUCCCUGUGGGUUUCAGCACAUCCCAGACAGUCCCAGCAGAUUCCCAAUGGGUCCCAGCAAGUCCCAGAGCACACGGUGGGUGAUGGUGGGUCCUGGUGGUGCUGGUGGCCCCAUAUGCAAUGGCAUUCCUCAGUCUCAUUCCCGCUGCGCCUGGCUGGGGGCCCCGGGCGCUGUGCGGGGCGCGUGGAGCUGCUGCACGCCGGGAGCUGGGGCACGAUCUGCGACGACGACUGGGGACUGCCGGACGCGGCGGUGGUCUGCAGGCAGCUGGGAUGCGGGACUGCGUUGGCUGCCCCAUCGGGAGCCUGGUUUGGGGAAGGCUCCGGCCCCAUUUGGCUCAACCACGUGCGGUGCAGCGGCGAUGAGCAGCGCCUUGUCCAGUGCCGGCACCGGGGGUGGCACAGCCAUGUCUGCGCCCACGAGGAGGAUGCCAGCGUUGUGUGCUCGGCUCAUCCCCUGCUGUCGCCUGGAACCACGGAGCCCACUGGCACUGCUGGCAGCACCCCAACAGAUGCAGCAGAGUUGGUGCCAGCAGCAAUGUGGGUGCCCUAUUCCCCAGCCCCAUACCCACUGCGUCUGGCUGGGGGCCCUGGGCGCUGCGCGGGGCGCGUGGAGCUGCUGCACGCCGGGUGCUGGGGCACAGUCUGUGAUGAUGGCUGGGGGCUGCCGGACGCGGCCGUGGUCUGCAGGCAGCUGGGCUGUGGAGCUGCGCUGGUUGCACCUGGUGGGGCGUUUUUUGGUGAGGGCACCGGCCCCAUCUGGAUGGACAAUGUGAGGUGCUGGGGGAACGAGUCGGCAUUGCUGCAGUGCCCAGCUGCACCAUUGGGCAUCACCGACUGCCGCCACCGCGAGGAUGCAUCUGUCAUUUGUGCAGAUGAGCUGACUGGGGUAGAUCCCAUGCAGCCCCCUCCCGAACAGCUGCCCACCAGGUCACUGCUGGUGCCCCCUUCUGCUGUGCCACGUGUGAGUGUCCGGCCCCGCAGCACCACCUCCCCUCAGCCUACACCAAGCAGCUGGCCCAUGGCAGGGACGUCGCAGACAGCCCCGUUCCUGCUGCGUCUGGCUGGGGGCCCUGGGCGCUGUGCAGGGCGCGUGGAGCUGCUGCAUGCUGGGAGCUGGGGCACGGUCUGUGAUGAUGGCUGGGGCCUGCUGGAUGCGGCUGUGGUCUGCAGGCAGCUGGGCUGUGGGGCCGCACGCAAAGCCCUCCGCAGCGCUCACUUUGGCCCUGGCAUUGGCCCCAUAUGGCUGGAUGACGUGAAGUGCAGUGGGACAGAGGCUGCACUGUGGCACUGCCCAGCUGGGCCUUGGGGAAGGCACAACUGUGACCACCAAGAGGACGCCGCUGUCAUCUGCACAGGGGCAGAAGACUUGUCACCUGUGGCGAGCUCCCCAUCUCCCCCAGGAUGGGGUCCAGCCAGUACCAUCCCUCGACGUCCUCUAGGACAGAUUCUGACCACAAUCAUUCCCAUGCAUCCCCAAAGACAGGAUCCAACUGUGAGUGUCACUAGAACCACUGCAAGAGCCACAGGACAGGAUCCACACACCAGUGUCCCCAGCACUACCUCACGAUCCUCAGGAGAGGAUCCUACCACCAGUGUCUCCAGCACCAUGACACGAUCUGCAGGACAGAGUCGAGUCAGUGCCACCUCAACCAAAGCAGGGCGAGAUCCCAUCCGUAUCAUCAGGAUCACCCGACUCAAAGCAGAACAGGAUCCAGCUGGCAUCAUCCAGAGCACCAAGCCCAAGGCAGUUGGCAUCACCAGGCUGAAGGCAGGACGGGAGACUGGUGGCCCCACCAGGUCCAAAGUGGGAUGGGAUCCAGCUGGCACCAACAGGUCCAAGGUGGGACGAGAUUCAGUUGGCAUCAACAAGACCAAAGUGGGACUGGAUCUGGUUGGCACCAACAGGUCCAAGGUGGGACGGGAUUCUGUUAGCAUCAACAAGACCAAAGUGAGAUUGGAUCUAGUUGGUAUCAACAGGUCCAGGGCAGGACAGGAUUCUGUUGGCAUCAACAAGACCAAAGUGAGAUUGGAUCCAGCUGGUACCAACAGGUCAAAGGUGGGACGGGAUUCUGUUGGCAUCUACAAAAUCAAAGCAGGACAGCAUCUGGUGGGCAUCAACAAGACCAAAGCAGGACGGGAUCCGGCUGGCAUCAACAAGACCAAAGCAGGACAGGAUCCAGCUGGCAGUAACAGGUCCAAGACAGGAUGGGAUCCAGCUGGCACCAUCCGCAUCACUCGACCCAAAGUGGGACGGGAUCCGCUUGGUACUGUGUGGAUUGCCCAUCCCAAAGCAGAGCGGGUUGUUGUGGGAGCCAACCAGAGCACCAGGCAUUGGGUUUUGGUGGGGACCACACCAGGCACCAAGCCUCAAGCAGGACAGGUUCCGGUUGGUUCCACCAGGAGCACCCAGGGGCUGGCAGGAUGGGAUGCUGUUAGUGCUACCCAACGCAAUAUGGGACAGGAGACUGCUGGUGUCACACAGAGCACCAGGUCCAAUGCAGAGCAGGACUUAGCUCUUACCACGAGGCUCCAGGCAAGUGCUGCCAUAUGGAGUAACCACAGCCUGGGAGAGCCAGGUCCAGGGGAUCCCAUGGGGAGCACACUUCCUGUAGUAGUAGCAGCAGAUCCAGAAGGUACCACGAAGAGUGAAGCUCCUACAGGAGAACCAAGUCUGGAAGGGACCUCUUGGGUUUCACAUCCCUCAGCAGAACUGGGUUCUGAAGGUCCCGUAAGGAGCACUCAACAUACAGCAGAAUUAGGUCCUGAACGCACCAUGUGGAGCAUAUAUCCCACAGCAGAGCCAGCUCCAGAAGGUACCAUGAAAAGCACAGAUCCUAUGACAGAACUGAGUCCAGAAGGUACUGUGAGCAUGCAUCCUCUAACAGAACUGGACCCAGAUGGUAACAUGGGAGGUGCACAUACUUCAGUAGAACCAGACCCUAGAGGUGGCAUGAAUAACACAGGUCCUACAGCAGGACUGAAUCCAGAUGGUAUCACGGGGAGCACAUAUCCCACAGCAGAACUAGGUCCAGAUCGUACCAUGGGGAGCACACAUCCUGCAACAGAACCAGGUCCAGAAGGUACCGUGGGGAGCACAGGUCCUACAGCAGGACUGGUUCCAGAUGGUAUCAUGGGGAGCACAUAUCCCACAACAGAACUAGGUCCAGAUCAUACCAUGGGGAGCACACAUCCUGCAACAGAACCAGGUCCAAGAGGUACCAUGAGGAGCACAGAUCCUACAGCAGAAUCAGUUCUAGAAGGGACCACAGCAGAACUGGGUCCAGAUGUUACCAUGAGGAGUACAAGUCCUGCAGCAGAACUGGAUCCAGAUGUUACCAUGAGGAGCACAAGUCCUGCAGCAGAACUUGAUCCAGAAAAUACUGUGUGGACCACACAUCUUCUAGAAGAGCUGGGUCCAGAUGUUACCAUGAGGAGCACAAGUCCUGCAGCAGAACUGGGUCCAGAUGUUACCACGAGGAGUGCACAUCCUGCAGCAGAACUGGGUCCAGAUGUUACCACGAGGAUCUCAAAUCCUGUAGCAGAACUGGGUCCAGAUGUUACCAUGAGGAGCAGACAUCCUUCAGAAGAACUGGGUCCAGAUGUUACCAUGAGGAGCACAAGUGCUGCAGCAGAACUGGGUCCAGAUGUUACCAUGAGGAGCACAAGUCCUGCAGCAGAACUGGGUCCAGAUGUUACCAUGAGGAGCAGACAUCCUGCAGCAGAACUGGAUCCAGAAAGUACUGUAUGGACCAGACAUCUUCCAGAAGAACUUGAUCCAGAUGGUACUAUGCAGAGUGCACAUUCUUCAGCAGAAUUGAGCUUGGGUGUUAGCAUAUGGAGUGCAUAUCCCACAGCAGGUAUUUCUACCUGGAGCACACGUUCUGCACCCAAAUCUGAUGCAGAAGGUACUGCAUGGGACACUCAUUCUUCAGCUGAUUUUGAUCUAGAUGGUACCGUGAGAAGCAAACAUCCUUCAGCAGAAAAAAUUCUCAAAGGCACAAUGGAGAGUAAAUAUAUUGCAGCAGAAACAAGUCUAAGAGAUCCCAUGUGGAGGACUCAUCCCACGGAAGAACUAGCAUCAGAUGGAAUCAGGAGGAGAACACUUCCCACAGCAGAAUCAGGUGCUGGUCCAAUGGGAAUCUCUGCUCUGCCCACUAGAGUUUCAUCACCCUCUCCAUCUCUGAGCUCCACCCAGGGGCUGGCUGUCUCUCCUGCCAUUGCUGUUCAACUGAGUCCAGGCUCUGGCACCCACUCACAGCACCUCACAGAGGCCCCCAGUACCCAGAGACCCUCAGAACCUACCCAGUACCCUGAGAUCCCCAACACCCAGGGACACCCAGCAUCCAUCCAACACCCUCCAGAGAGCCCCACUGCCUCGAUAGAGCUUGUGCUCUCCCAGCAUCCCUCUGCAGAACCCUCUGGUUUCUGGACACCCCCAGACCUCUUUAUCCAGACACCAUCAAGGAACCCCAGCGCUCAGAGCCCCCCAGUACUCACUGUGCACCCCAUAGAUCCCACCAGCCCUUACAUGAAUGCUGCUAAUUUCAAGCACAUCAUGGAUAUCCCCAGACCCCAGAGCCUCCCAGCACCCUCUGAGGACUCUGUUAAAACCCUCAGUACCCAGAAAUCCCCAGUAUCUGCCCAGCAUCCCACAGAGACCCUCAGCUCCAAGCGUCCCUCAGCACUCUCCCAAUAUCUAACAGAGAUCUUCAGCACACAAGUCCCCCCAGCACCCACCCAACACCCCAUGGAGACCUCUGAUAGUCAGCCCCCUGUAGCACCCACUGAACAAUCCACUGAGAUCUUCAGCACCCGGAGGCCCCCUGCAUUGCCCCAGCACUCCACAGAGCCCCCCAGCACCCAGAGGCCCCCAUCAACACUACAACACCCUAUGAAUACCUUUGACACCCAGAACCCUCCAGCAUCCCUUAAGCAUCCCAUGAAGUUGCUCAGCACUCAGACCUCCCCCAUAUCCCACCAACACCCCAAAGAGCCCCGCAGCACCCAGACACCCCCAGGAUCCUUUAAGCACCUCACAGAUCCCCCCAGCACCCAGAUUCCCUCAGCACCUGUCCAGCAUCCACUGGAGACUUUCAGCACUCAGACUCCCCAAGCACCCCUCCGGCACCCCGUGAAGUUUUUCAACACCAAGACCCCCCCAGCACCCACAGAGACCCUCCGCACCCAUUCUGCAAGCUCUGUACUGCCUGGACCCCCGUGUGUAGGUCCAGCCCAACCAGCACCACCGGUGCCAACACUCUCUGCAGUAUGGGAUCAGGGGGGAUCCUGUGUGGCCCCUGCCCUGAGGGCACUGCUGUGGGAGGUGCGGGAGCUGCGGGGGCAACUGCGGGCCCUGGCCCGCAACCAGCGGCGGGGAGCUCAGCGCCUGGAGGCCGUCACCCGCCGCCUGGGCAGGCUGGCUGCUGUGGGGCAGCACAUCCUGGAGGACCCCCCCAGGCUGUACAGGGGUGCGGGCAUCCAGAGAGGGGCCUUGCACAGGAGGCAAGGGAAAUAAAGCUGGGCUGGUUCACCAA